GGUGGACGAAGCAUGAAACACGAAAUUUCCCAUGCGAUCAGUGAAAGAUUAAAUUCCGCCGUAGUAAAAACAAUAUUUCAAAUUCAUAAGAGAUGGUAUGAAAUAGACUUUGGUGAAUAAAUAGAACAAUGGUAAGAUCGGACUAAAAUGGAACAAUGUGAAAUUAUCCCAUCUGAAGAAUAAAAAUCCAGCUCAAAGUUAUGCUCGCUGCCCCUGUCUGUCCAUCCACCGAUUCUACUCCACAAUCCAACAUUUCAUCGCAUCAUCAUCACAUAUUUCCAUCACAAGGCUUUCGAAAUUGCCCUCAACCCACAGACUUCUCUUCGCAGAACUCACACGCCUCUCAUCUCUCUAGAUUGACGUCUGUACACAAUCCUUGCCUCUACUGAUCGACGGCGGAUCCAGAAGAUCGGAUGAAGAUAUUCUGGGUGCUUUAAUUUAUAUACCGGGACAGAUACACCUGCACGAUUCGAGUACUCGCCGCAUCCAUGGCACCCACUGGGAUAUAUAGUCGUUUGAAGGCACUCUAUACUGGCGAAAAGGAGAAAGAAGUUCCUCCAUUUAGUACCACCACGGCCGUUUCUCUGUUGGUACUCUAUACCCUCAUCUACGUGAUCCCCUUCUAUCUCUCUUCGACGACCCGUCCUUCCCCCCAGCUCUCGCGCGAUGCACCGACCGUUAUCCGCGGACGAAUUCGCUCGGUCACGCUCUCCUGUAUCGUUGUAUGUAUUGGCACAUUUGGAAUUUUGUCCUCGGUGAAGAAUGGAGAUGCAGUGAAGUCCCUUCAUUUGAUGGGCUAUUUUCCCAUUGGAUUUAUCGAGACGGUCAAAUGUGUAGGUUUGACGGCCAUACUUUUCGCGGGACCCUUGUUUGAAGAAGGCAUUGCGCAGGGACAAUGGCGCGAUUGGGUGCGAUUAAGAGGAUUGGGUGCUUUGAAGGGUUGGAUUCCUUAUAGGAAUAUUGUUGCUGGUCCCGUAACAGAAGAAGUUCUCUUCAGAUCUGCCUCCGUACCCCUCCUCCUCCUCUCCAAGACCUCCAAUACAACAAUCAUAUUCCUUACCCCCGUCGUCUUCGGAUUAGCCCAUGUGCAUCACUUUUACGAAUAUAGAAUUACACACCCGCAUGGCCCCAUGGUUGGAGCUGUUCUCCGCUCCCUACUACAAUUCUCCUACACAACAUUAUUUGGAGGCUACGCUACAUUUCUGUAUCUUCGAACGGGAAGCUUGCUGGCGGUGAUAUGUGUGCAUGCUUUUUGUAAUUGGAUGGGUUUCCCACGUUUUUGGGGGAAGAUUAGUAGUUCGGUGGAUGGAGAAACUAUUAUUGGUCCGGAUGUGGGAGCCAGCAAGAAGAGUGAAGAUGUCACGGAGAAUAAUGGGGAGUUGAAUAUUCUCUGGACCAUCACAUAUUAUUCUCUCCUCGUAGUGGGUGCGUACUUCUGGUGGAAGUAUUUAUGGGUAUUGUCUGAAAGCGAAUUUGGUCUGGUCAAGUUUUAAUAUAGCUCUGAGCUACCUACUUUAAUGAUAUACGAUUGCUUCGUUGAUUAAACGCAUUCAUGCAAAAUUCAAUGCUUA